UUAAUCAGCCAGCCACAAUCGAGGUGCAAAUUUAACUUUUUCAAUAAGUGAUAUGUUAUUGACAUAAAAUCAAUGUAAGUGAACCAUUCCUCCGUUCGCUGCGUUAAAAGAUUUGUGUUUUUGUGCGAAUAGAAAAUCCAUUUUUCACUGUCGACAUUGGUUAUCACAUUCCGUCAAAACAAUGGAGGACCUCCAACUGCAGAAGGCAAAUCCAUUGGAUUUAAAAAUCAAUGCUCUAAUUGAGAAAGUGUUUUUAAUAACACUUCAAAAAACGCCACCCAAAAAUCAACACGGCCGUGCACGACCGCAGCUAGUCUACAUGGAAGAAGUGGCAGCUCAGUGCCCGGACGGCGAGUGUCUACUCACGGUGGAUCUGCUUGAGCAGGCUCUGUUCGAGCGGAUAAUCCUGUUUAACCCAUCAGAGUAUCUCAUACCGAGUAACGUAACCGACGGGGAAACCGAAACCGUGGCCCAGACUAAGGUGAUGCUGUACCUUUUCGGAUGCUUCCACCGCAGCGAACAGUCUGCCGAUCCCAAUGACUGCGUAGUUAGCGAAACCCGUCAGAAGAUGAAAGCGUUGAUUUUACGAAAUGCGUGCACCUCGCUUAAGCAACCGGAACUGUUCGAAGGGCAGAAUUUGUCCAAUCAGCUGCUCGACAUUUUCAAGCUCUCGGACGACGACCAGCCAGCGAAGGCACAGUUCGUUUCGGAGACCGUAAAGGAAAUCUUUGCCGAUUCCGAAAGCGAGCAGGAAGGCUUUUUGGUGCUGCGGAGUAUAUUUUCACCGAUGUUUACGGAGGUGAUGCGAUCGUUGAGGACGGCUUCGCUGAUUAGCAUGGAACGUUGGAUCGUUCCUUUUCUGGAGGUUUUCAUCAGCGACAAAAGCAAUCCCCGGUUGGCACAUGUGCUGCUGAAUUUUACCACUCCACCGGAGGGUGCAGACGGUAUCAAAUAUUCCGAGUCUUUACUAGGUCAACUGUUGUCCCUGUCGAUUAUGCCCCGCAAUCAGAACGGACCAUAUGAAUUCUUUGAAAACCCGUUGACUACGAAUCGUUCGGCUUACGAUAGUCUGUCGGCGUCAUUGUGGAACUACACUAAACUGCACCUGGAACUGAUGCAUCGAUUCAUCAAAGGUUUCCUGCUGCUCGGGGGAGAUGUCCGUAGUAAAAUUUUGGAUUGGAUUGGAAAAUGUUUGCAUGCCAAUGUUCCGCGUGGACAGAUUUGGAAUACUCAUCAAGUUCAGAAUAUAUUCGGCAAUAUGUCUACGGCCCCGGAUUCGUUCAGCAUUAAUCUAGCUGGAGUGCUGCUUCGUCUGUGUCAGCCUUUGCUGAAACCUACAUUGAAGGUGCUAAUUGUUGAUCCCACGUACUGUGCCGUAAAACAGCAGGACAAAGAAGCUAAGGGUGUUCAUAUGCUAGAUACCGAAAAGGAAACCUGUCUACUGCCAGUGGAUGAAAACGAAAUUCGUCUGGAAGCGGAUAAGUACAACUUCGUAACGGAAUGUUUCUUCAUGACACACAAAGCGAUCGAUCUCGGGUUUCGCGUUUGCAUUGAGAAGUUUUUCCGCAUGAAUCGAGAGCUCCACCGAUUACAGGGAGCCUAUCAGGAUACCCUAGCUGGGGGUGGCCUGGCCGGUGGUGGAGCGGACGUCGCGAACAACAUCAUGCAAAUGUUGUCCGGUCAAACGCAACAGUUUUUGUGUUUACAGAAUUUACUGCGUGAACCUACGACCGAUCAGUUGCUGCUGCAAUUCUACGAAGCUUCCGCCAUUUGGUUAACCCAGCUGGCCGCUCGAGAAGCCGGCCGGAUCGAUUCGUUGGAUAAGUCGAAAGGGUUUGCUCCGCAAACCGUAGAAGACGUGAAAUUGCCUCUAACCAAUGGAAUAUCUAAAGUUUUAAAAUGCGUCCCGGAGUACAUCAUGGAAAACAUAGUCGGCUAUCUGCAAUUUUCCCGUCACUUCGACAGUCAACCGCUUCGGGUUGAUGUCGAAGCGCAGAAUAACAUUUUCACAAUGACGCUGGUUUUCAUGGGUUGUUCGGAACGUAUUCGGAAUCCGCAUCUGCGUGCUCGGCUAGCCGAGGGACUGGAAAGUUUGUUGCCUAAGGAAUCCGAAUCCGGUGGGUUCAGUUUCAGUGCAGCCCUGUUCUCCAAUCAUCCACAUCGGUUGGAAAUCAUUCCUAACUUACUGCAAGUCUUUGUCAGCAUAGAAAUGACUGGCCAAAGUGUGCAGUUUGAACAAAAGUUUAAUUACCGUCGACCGAUGUAUGCCAUAAUGGACUACUUGUGGAAGAUGGAUGAACAGAAGCACUGUUUCCGCAAUUUGGAACAGGAAGCCAUCCGAAAUAUUGAAGCCGAAGAUCCACCAAUUUUCCUACGCUUCAUUAAUUUGCUGAUUAAUGAUGCUAUAUUUUUGCUCGAUGAAUCACUGAGUAAUUUACAGCAAAUCCGGCAGUCACAAGCCGCUCAAGAUGCUGGCGAAUGGACUAGUUUGCCAGCAGCUGAACGUCAGCAAAACGUUUCCAAUCUGCGCCAUCUAGGAAUGUUAGCCCGUUUCGAUAAUAUUUUGGGUCGGGAUACUAUCAACAUCCUGCAGCUACUGACGUCGGAGACAAAAAGCAUUUUCUGUCAUUCGUCUAUGGUCGACCGAGUAGCGGCCAUGCUCAAUUAUUUCCUGUUAAAUUUAACCGGUCCCAAGAAGGGCAACUUUAAAGUAAAAGACAAAAGAGAAUUUGAGUUCGACCCUGCCAACACUGUACUGGAAAUCUGCAGGAUUUACGUAAACCUACAGGAAUGUGAUGCAUUCUGUCUGGCAGUUUCUCAGGAUGGUCGUUCGUACAGUCCGCAGCUAUUUGAAUAUGCUGAACAAGUCCUAACUCGCAUCGGCGGUGGGCAGCUGAUCGGUGAAAUCCAGGAACUAUCCGCCCGAGUUCAGAAACUGGAAGCACAGCAAAAGAUCGACGAGGAGGCACUGAUCGAUCCGCCGGAGGAAUUCCUCGACCCGAUUAUGUCGUCCCUGAUGACCGAUCCGGUGAUUCUGCCCAGCUCGCGGAAUACCGUCGACCGCUCAACCAUCGCUCGGCAUCUGCUGUCGGAUCAAUCGGAUCCCUUCAAUCGGUCUCCGCUCACGAUGGACCAGGUCAAGCGGAACGUCGACCUGAAGGAGCGAAUCGACAAAUGGAUCCGCGAGAAACGAGCCGAACAUGCUGCCAAAACUGCGUCCAUUUCCGAGUGAACUAUGCACUGGUGAGAAGGUAAGGUUUCUUUUUCGUACUAUCUAUUUAUCUUUCUUCGAGCAAACGGUACAUUCGAAGCACACUUUUCAAAGAAGUCGGUGGGCUUACUGGCUUUAGCUGGCAUAUGUGUAAUAUAUCUACUAUUAGUAGGAUGAUUCAUUUUUUAAUUAUGGUUAGGAGCAUUAUAUUUCACUAGAGAAUAGAUAACUAGAUUAUUUUAGAGCAAUAAAUAAAACUA